AUGUCGCAACGUACGCGUUUAAAAUUGAAAAUGUGAGUUUCCUGUCUAUAUUAUUUACUUCAGUUUUUUGACAGUGAAGUGUUGUGUCGACGCCCUGUUAAUUGUUAAGUAGAUCGAUUAGAAAUGCAGACAAUAAAGUGUGUAGUGGUAGGAGAUGGAGCUGUUGGUAAAACAUGCCUUUUGAUAUCCUACACUACAAACAAGUUUCCAUCUGAAUAUGUUCCUACUGUUUUCGAUAAUUAUGCCGUCACAGUAAUGAUUGGUGGAGAACCAUACACACUUGGAUUAUUUGACACAGCUGGUCAGGAAGAUUACGAUCGACUGAGACCGUUAAGUUAUCCUCAGACUGACGUGUUUCUUGUCUGUUUUUCCGUAGUUUCUCCCUCGUCGUUUGAAAAUGUCAAAGAAAAGUGGGUUCCUGAAAUUACACAUCAUUGUCAAAAAACACCUUUUCUACUAGUUGGAACACAAAUAGAUUUGAGAGAUGAUGCUGCGACAAUUGAAAAACUUGCAAAAAAUAAACAAAAACCAAUUACCGGUGAGCAAGGAGAAAAACUUGCCAAGGAACUUAAAGCAGUAAAAUAUGUCGAAUGCAGCGCACUCACUCAGAAAGGACUGAAAAAUGUAUUUGACGAAGCAAUUUUAGCAGCAUUAGAGCCGCCAGAACCAUGUAGAAAAAGACGAUGUGUCUUGUUGUAGAGAGUUGAGCGUUUUUUUUUUUUAUAAAUAUAUAUAUCAUCAUCAAAAACAAGAAAAGCAAAAGAAAAAAGAAAAAUUUGAUCACAAUUUAACGUUGUGAGUAUACACAUACACACAUCUUAAUGUCGACGACGAAGCCGAAUUUUUUUUUCGAAAAUUCAUUAAAAACAAAGGGCGUCAAAAAGUGAAAUUAAUAUCAUAAAUUCACGCGAAAGAACAAAUUUAACUAUUCUGAGCGGCGGAAGGAACCCGUUACAAUACUGUAACCAAUGGGAGAAACAGUCUCAUAAAUAUUUAAUAACGAGUAAGGCAUUUUUAAAUAAUAAGUUACUAAUGUGAAUUUUUUAAUAAAUAGAUAAUUAAAAAAUACUAAGCAUAAAAUUUUUUAUCAAUUUUUGAGAUUUAAAAAAAGGAAAAAAAAAGAAAAUAAUGGCCUAGGUGGGAAUUUUUAUAAAAAUUUCUUUCCUAGAUUAAUUGCGCAUUCUUGCAAACCGACUGAAAGCAUUUUUUUAUACGCACACCACUGUAAUUAGUUUUUACUCAUUUACGGCCAUAAAAUAUUUGCAAAGCGCAACGCGAUUUAGUGAUGAAAUAAUAAUAAUACUUCGGAAUAUAACGUUCGUAUUUUUUUAUAAAUACAUGUAUUCUAGUGCACUGUAUAAAAAAAAAAUUAUCUAAUCUAUUUGAGAUAAUCAAAUUUUAUUUAAUUCCUUUAUUUACGUUACGCUUGACGCUCAAACUUUACAAGUACAAGAUUAUGCUAAUAUUAAAUUUCUUAAUACGUUUUUAAUAA